AUCUACAGUGGUGUCAACAUCAAAAAGAGCAUAUUGCCCAGAUCACCAAUGUACGUAAUGGUCGAGCCUUCUCCCCAUACAACUCCUGCACUUCGAGAAUGUGUCCGGGGACAGCCGAUGGUGUCACCAUCUGGUUUUUACUAUCAGGAUAAGUGGAUGUCAACAACCUGCAAUAUUCGCCGCUUUGACACUCCUGCAAAAAUUAAAGAAUGCCUCCGUAGAAAAAUUGUCUACCUGCUUGGAGAUUCCACCAUGCGACAGUGGUUUGAAUAUUUGACUCAGUUUGUGCCAGACAUCAAAAGAUUGGACCUUGGCAAUCCUAUCAAGGUGGGUCCUCAUCUUGCUGUGAACUUGGAGAACAACAUCAUGUUAGAAUAUCACCCUCAUGGCCCUCCGAUCCAAUUCAGUACUAUUGCAAGUCAGCACCUACAACUCAUUUCAAAUAAACUGGAUGAGAUUACAGGAGGGAGAAACACAGUUAUAGCCAUUACCCUAACGGCCCAUUUCACCCCUUUUCCUGUUGAAGUCUAUAUUCGAAGAAUACAGAAUAUCAGGAGAUCACUUCUCCAGUUACUCGACAGGAGUCCGGAUACACUGGUUGUAAUAAAGACAGCCAAUGUUCGGGAAAAGACUCCACAGCUCGUUACCUAUUACAGUGACUGGUACACUUAUCAGAUUGAUUCAGUGAUGAGGAAGAUGUUCACAGGUGUCAAUGUGGUAUUUGUAGAUGCCUGGGAGAUGACCAUAGCACAUUACCUUCCUCACAAUAUACAUCCUGGGACAAUUAUUAUAAAGAAUGAAAUAGAUGUGUUUCUUUCAUAUGUGUGCCCUUCUACACAAAGAUAAACACUGUCUUCUUCCACUUCUGCAGUCCCUUGAAAUGAGGAGGACACUUGCCCAUGGCAAAGAUCUGUGUAUGGACUUUUAAAAUGGGAAGGCUGUUGAAAUCCUGUAUUAGAUAUCUUCCAACCAGGUUUGGAAUAUCAUAAGAUGCAAAACUUAAAACACCAUUAGAUGUCUUUGACCACACUAUUGGUGUCCACAGAGUUGCUGAUCCUGCUGACAGCACGGAGCCUGAAUGACAUACAGUGGCAUGACCACUUUGUGUGCUGUGAAGCAUGUUGGGAAGGCCACAAGUCCAAGUGUGCUUGAUCUGCACUGGAAGCCUUGGGAGUUGCCAUGGCAAUGAUAUUCAAUCAGAUUGGAUGCAGACUGGAUUCUUGUUUCAAAAACCUACUCCACAGUUUCACAGGCAUUCAGCAACAAUGGGAGAAGACAGAGAGGCAACAGUGUUCUACAAAGGUCAUUUCAUCAGCAUUUCUCCUGCCUUCAUUUCAACCAGAAGCAAUAUCUGAAGUGGCUUCAGGUCAACAAGGAGCGAAUUACAGAACAGUGCCACCUGGACCCUGGGAUCAGUGAGAAGAUGGCACUGCCAGUGACUGUGGCAUUUCUGGAUGAGAAUGGAUGUUAUUUUCAAUACUUGCUGUUAAGCUCCAAGUUGUGUCUGUGCAGCCAGCUAUUUAUCAAAUGUGGGGGCAGCCCACUGCUUCCCUGCACUGAAAAAAACACAUCCCUACAAAUCAUUAAUUUUAACAAAACUGAUCAGAAAUUGUGCAUACACUAACUGCCAGUCACGAUUGGUUAUGAUGUCUGGAUUAGUGGUGCUGGAAGAGCACAGCAGUUCAGGCAGCAUCCAAGGAGCAGUGAAAUCGACGUUUCGGGCAAAAGCCCUUCAUCAAUAACCCUUCAUUGGUUAAGAUCUGUUGAUGCACAACAUAGCCAAUCAUGAUUGUCUGUGAUUUCAUGCACUACCAAGCCAAUCAAAUUUGAGUAUGAUCUAUUCAUGCACUGCUUAUCAAUCAUGUUUGAUAAUGGUCUGUUCUUGCAAUACCAGGCCAAUCACAAUUGACCAUGAUCUCCUCAUCUACAGUGUAUGCAUCACCUCAUCAUGUAAACAUUUGAUUGUGCCAUGCCUGGAAAUAUCAGGGUUCAGAGACAUUUCUGUUCACACUACGUGCAAUGACUUGGAAAGAUUUAUUAAGGCUUUCUUUUCAAGUGCUGUGUGUUCAGGAAGAAGGAUGAAGAAGAGACAGCAAUCCAGCCAACUGCAGAUCAGUAUACAAAUAUGGAGUAGCUGUGUCCACUGCCUAGUUAGUUGUCAUUUCUGUUAUACUUGGUUUGAUAGAUUAAUAAAUUGGUGAACUUUGUCUCAAUAUACUUGUACAUGGAAUGGUCACAUACUCAUUCAGAUCCUGAGUCUUGUAAUGAAAGUUAAAUUUGAUUUUGAAAUCCAUCACUAUCAUGUUUUUCAAGAAACCCCAAACUGAAUGCAAGGAGUAAGACCAACUCCAAACAUUCUUUCUUCAGCUGGCCAGGUCAGGAUGAAUCUUCUGGAUUCAUCAUAAUGCUUCAACAUGGCAAUAUUUUUCUUCUCACAUUUCUGCUUGGCUUGCGUACGUUCCUUUCAGGAGGAGCCUGUACUGGGGAAGAUUUAAAAUUGAGAUGGGAUUUCUCAGGCCUAGUUUCAGUUUGAGCACAUUCCUUUCAGGAGGAGCCAACAGUC